GUAAUCUUAUUACUGUGAUUGAUGUGUGGUCUGAUACGAAGGGAGUUCAUUUAAAUUCCGUUAAACAAAAAAAUGAACCUAAUAAGAAUCCCCCGACAUCUAGCAAGUGACCACAACCACGAAGACGAAGACCAUGGUAACCCCAAUGUUGCAAAAGCCACAGCGAUGGUAGUCCUAUUCCUAGCUUCGUUCAUCAUAGGCAACCUACCAAUAAAGCUGAACCAAUGGUUGAAAUGGGAUUCAGACGCGAAACAGAACGUUUAUGUCAAAUUUCUUCUAGGCAUCGGUGGAGGCGUACUAUUAUGUACGACUUUCAUCCAUCUACUACCAGAAGUAAGCGAAAGUUUCGAAAAUCUGAACCUCACACCGAAUCUAGAACUGCAUUAUGCUGAAAUACUUAUGUGUAUCGGUUUCUUUAUCAUGUAUUUUGUAGAAGAAUGCGUACAUGUUUAUCUACAUUUCAAGCAAAAUAUGCACAAUCCACCAGAGGUAGUUCCAGAGAUGGAAGUUAUCAGGAGAAGCCUGUCGAUACGUAGAGGCGAAGAUUUACCGAAAUUAUCGAAUAAAGAAGAACAUGCUAAGCACUCAAUAAAUCACUCGCACGUUGGCCACUCUCACAUAAUAAUCAACCCAGGUAACUCAACUGUAGUUAUAGUGCGUGGAUUGCUAGUAGUGUUAGCUUUAUCUGUACAUGAGCUAUUUGAAGGCCUAGCUGUAGGUUUGGAAUCAUCGUCGCACACCGUUUGGUAUAUGUUCGGUGCAGUUAGUGCUCACAAACUGGUAAUAGCAUUUUGUAUAGGUGUUGAAUUGGUCGCAUCUGGUCUUAGAACUGUUUUUAUAGUGAUCUACGUAUUCACGUUUGCUGUAGUGAGCCCUUUGGGAAUAGGGAUUGGUAUUAUAGUGAGUAAUGUUGAAGGUGCGUCCAAUACCGUAAUUUCUGUGAUAUUGCAGGGGCUUGCCUCUGGAACUUUGAUGUAUGUGGUGUUUUUUGAAAUUCUUCAGGGAGAUAAGAGAAGCGGGCUGAAACAAUUUUCCGCCAUAACUUUAGGUUUUUUUAUUAUGUUCUGUAUUACUUUGUUAGAUCUAUUAGGAGAUCAUCAUUGAUGAAGAGAUUGUUUAAUUUAUAUGUAUAUUUAUUUUUGUAAAUAAAAUGUUGCAAUAUUUGUUGUAUUUGAAAACGACUGAAAACAUAAGUCAGUAUUCAGAAAAUUUUUAUUUUAGUUUUUAUAAAACCUAACCUAAGAUAGAAAUAGGUACUAUUAAAAAUAUAUUUUAC